GUGACGUACGUCUAAGAUGGCUACUUGCGUUUACCUCUUCAGGCCCUUGGUGUCUCAACUGUUCCCCUCUGGGUAACUUGAGGAGGUUCAGUGAGGUUGUUCCGGAUGGUCGUAGUUCACGGUCGGCAAUGGAAGUCGGAAUAAGAGUGGUGAGAGGCCCUGACUGGGAGUGGGGGGAUCAGGAUGGCGGCGAGGGCUUCGUGGGUACGGUCGUUGAAAUAGGAAGGGAGAAAACUGUUAUGGUUCAAUGGGACUGCGGAACCUUGAGCAAUUACCGUAUCGGUUAUCAGAACUAUUACGAUCUGUUAAUCUGGGACAACGCGCCAGUCGGAGUGAAGCACCCCAACUUCAGCUGCGAUUCGUGCAAGCGGCAAGGUAUCCAGGGUCUGAGAUGGAAAUGCAAAAUAUGCCAUGAUUUCGAUCUAUGUAUGGCCUGUUAUAUGGGAGACAAGCACGAUUUGAAUCAUCCGUUCUUCCGUUUUGAUUCUCCAUUUAGCCAAGGGGUCGAAGUACCUAGCCGAGCAGAAAGUGUGAGAAUCCCACUGAAGGGGAUCUUUCCUUCAGCAAAAGUGAUCCGAGGCCCAAACUGGGAUUGGGGAAAUCAGGAUGGAGGGCAAGGGAAGAUAGGCUCUGUCCUGGACAUCAGAGGGUGGGACAGUGAAAGCGGACGCUCGGUUGCAAAUGUGAUGUGGUCAUGUGGAAACACAAAUGUAUAUAGAUUGGGACACAAAGGGAAGGUCGAUAUUCUCCUGGUUCAGCCUGCAUCUGGUGGCUUUUACUAUAAAUCAAGUCUUCCUGUAUUAGGGAAACCAGUGGACUCAACAUUGGGAAGAGGAGUGACCACAUGUGGUAGAGGGACUUUUGCAGUGGGAGAGAAAGUGCAGACGUGUGUUAGCAUGGAGCGACUGAAAACUCUGCAGCAAGGUCACGGAGGCUGGAAUCCUCUCAUGAUGCAGUAUAUUGGGAAGGUCGGGAGUGUCCAUCGAGUUACAGAUAAGGGUGAUAUCCGUGUGCAAUAUGAAAAUCCCACCAUGCGAUGGACAUACCAUCCUUCUGUGCUCAUGAGAGUCCCCGACAGUUUCUCCAUCGGCGAUGUUGUUCGAGUGUCGGAUGAUGAAGAACUGGUCAGGCGAUUGCAGCGUGGCCAUGGGGAAUGGACAGAUGACAUGAAAAUGGCACUUGGACGAGCAGGGAAAGUGAUACAAUUGUAUGAGGAUGGAGAUCUUCGCGUCACUGUUAGCGGGCACGAUUGGACGUUGAACCCACUUUGUGUUUCAUUUCUUCCUGGCUCUUCUCUUGACCUUCGCAACUCCAUGGAUGCUCCUUGUAUUCAGCAGCAGCAUAAUAAUCCCUUGGAGAGCUUAUCCCAGUUGCUGCAGUCAUCAUGUGGUGCAGCAGACUCAAUGCCAGAUCGCCUGGUGUCCCUUGCAGCCCAAGGCAACCUAGAAGGGGUUGAAGCCAUUGUGAACAUCAAUCCCGAGCGUGUGGAUGCUCCGAGUCGAGGGAAAACGGCCCUGCAAGUUUCGUGUCAUCAGGGUCAUCUCCCCAUUGUAGAAUUCCUUUUAUCUAAGGGAGCCAACAUGGAGGUUCGUGAUGCUGAAGGAGAUCGACCUAUACAUUAUGCUUCUUUUGGAACUACUGCAGGGCAUGUUUCAAAUAGCACUUCAAGAGGGAUAGUGGUGCCCACAAAGGGAGUGCUUGAGUUCUCACUUACCCAUCACUUGGCAGUUGGCAUCCUCCUCAAUGAAUCUUCCACCAUUGAUGUCAACGUUCAGGAUAGCUAUGGGGAUACUGCUCUUCAUGAUGCAAUUGGGAAAGAAUCUCCUGCCAUACUUGGACUCCUCUUAUCCAAACCAGGAAUUGAUGUUACGCUUCGCAAUCGUAGGGGCUUCCAUCCACUGCAUCAUGCUGCACUCAAAGGGAAUGCCAUGGCAGUGGAAAAGAUGUUGGAGUCGAGUCCCCAGCUGGUCAACAGCAAGAAAGAUGAUGGAUUCUCUGCUCUACAUCUGGCAGCUCUGAAUGGACAUCUACAGAUCACAGAACGGCUACUGCGAGUCGCUCAGUGCGAGGUGGACGUGCGCAACAACCGCCGACAGACGCCUUUGAUGCUGACACUCACCCAGUUCCACAUUCCUGUUGGUGCUGCAUUGCUCAGACAUGGAGCUGAUGUCAAUGCUGUGGACGAAGAGGGAAAUUCCACUCUCCAUCUUGUUCUCACACGUCUUCAGGCGGAGGAAGACGAGUCUUCGUCUUACGAUAAGCCCCGACAGGUGGUGGAGUUCUUACUUGCCAGUGGAGCAAAUCCAGACUUAGCCAAUGCCAAGGGUGAAACACCCAGACUUUUUCUUCCUUCAAGUCUGAAGAACAGUCGUUUGCUGACAGAAGCAUGUGGUACUUCCAAGACGUCAAACCCCGAACCGUGCAUCGAAAAGGUGGAGAAGAGGCCCGAGGAAUGUCUUGUCUGUUGUGAGGCUGAGAGCAACAUUCGCUUUGAACCAUGUGGACACUCCAUCACCUGUGAAGAGUGUUGUGUCCGGAUGAAGAAAUGCAUUGUGUGCUCCACCAUCAUUGUUAAGAAGUUUUCUAUUUCUGAUGGACGCCCAGUGAAGCGGAAUGACAGGUUGCGCUACUUGGAGGAGCGAAUGGCUGAAAUGGAAGAGUAUCACAUGUGCUCCAUCUGCAUGGAAAGGAGACGCAAUGUUGCAUUCCUUUGUGGGCAUGGUGCUUGUGUGGAAGCCAAUAGCACUGAGGUGAAGAAAGCUUUCAGGAAACUCUCCCUUGUUCUUCAUCCGGACAAGAACGAUGCACCUGAUGCAGAAAUCAAAUUUCGCCAGCUGGCAGCAGUAUACGAGGUUCUCCGAGACGAGAAGCGGAGAGCUCGGUACGAUCAAGUCCUCAUCGAGGGCCUGCCAACAUGGAGGAUGCCAGUGUAUUACUUCAGACGAGUUCGAAAAAUGGGCAUGGGAGAGUUGGCCAUCUUCCUUUCAGUUCUCUGCACAAUUGGGCAUUAUUUGAUGUCAUGGGCAGCAUACUGGGAGAAGAAGUUAGCAGUGGAUCAGCAAAUGGAAUCUUGGCGGAAAAAGCGUGGGAAAAAGAGAAGUGAAAUCAUAGAUCAGGAGAUGGAAGAUCUCAGAAAAAAUUUAAUGGAAAGUGCUCCUAGACCCAGGUUCUGGAACUUGCUGCCAUUCCUGUUGGCGAAGGGAAUCUGGUGCAGUGCAAUAGCUGCCCCAGAGAUGAUCCGUGCAUGGCGGGAACAAAAGGCCCUCAAAGAGGCAGAGACAGAUGAAAGUGAAGAAGAAGAGGAUGUUGCAGUGAAGAGGGAAAAGAGACCAAGGCGACGUCAAGUUGAGAUCCCCGAAUACGAAGGAGGGUCUAGUUCAGAUGAAGCAAGUAAUACAAAUGAGGAAAAAACUGAAGAAAAAGAUGAUGAGAUAAGGACUUUCAAAAGAGAGGAGAGACAGGGUGGAUUAUGGACAGAUGAGGACUUUGCCACCUUGGUUCGACUCAUGAAGAAGUACCCUGGAGGUGUGGUCGGACGAUGGGAGAAGAUCGCAGAGGCCAUGGAUAGAACUGUAUAUGAAGUUACCCACAUGGCCAAACGGUUCAAAGAUGAUGCCCUACGUCCAAAGCCACCACCUGAAGAGCCAGAGAAGUGUGUGGAGAUCACAGAGAACACCAUGACUAUUCGCACAGUGGAUGGAGAUGAAGAGGUGAUCAUGUUGAAAAAACCAAAAGUGAAGACUCGAAAGCCAGAGACUGUGCCAAGUGAAUCUAGCAAGAAUGACACAUGGACUGCAAGCCAGCAAAAGGCCCUAGAGGCAGCUCUCAUUCAUUUCCCCAAGGGAACAGAUGAGAGAUGGGAGCUGAUUUCCAAUUGUGUUCCAGGCAAAUCAAAGGAGGAGUGCAUGCAGAGGUUUCGGUUUAUUGCUGAGACAGUCAAACAGAAGAGGGCUCAGCAACCACAAUGAAUAUCAUAGACCUCAUCUCUGACAGAUUCUAUAUAUUGUGACUGAAUUUUCAUGUCUUCCCUUACUCAUCAUUGCAAAAGAAUAACUAAUUUAUUUAUAUUUUGCUUGUGUUUUCUUCCAGAAGAAGACUUCAAAGUGAAUCUGAGCAGUCUGUGUUUAUUUCUUGCUGUAAUAGGCCAUUCAUAUUUUAUUGAAGGAAGCAAUAUCAACUGAUUGGAC